CGGCGGUACGUACACGGUCCCGAGACACGUUAUGUCACAGAAUCGCGCGCACCCUCGUGCCGACAGCAGCAGCUUCGUCGGCUCGUACCAACGGGAUUCCUCGAAUCCUCGUGUCACGGCAUUUGACAUGCGGCGCGGCGAGUCGAGGCGCUUUUGAGACUUGCUGCUCGCGACACUCGAAGCUUUACAAAGCCGGCUGAGCUUGGUUUCGCCUCCUUCUCCACGUGCUUGCGCUGCCACGCUCCAUCUCGCUCGCACUCACCAGUCCCCCGUCUUGUUUACCAAUGCCACUUGCCGUGGGCUGAGCUGCUUACCUGGUGAGUAUUUUGCAAUCGAUCGGUUCCAAAUACAGGUAUAAUUCUUUUAACGCACGCAUAUACAUAAACAGGCAUAGACCUACGAGCAGGUAAUUUAUACUAUAUUAUCAAGAAUAAAACUAUCGACUUCAAUUGUAAUUCUAUAUUUAUAAUAAUUUGGUAGGUUUGGAAAAUGUCGCAGUUAGUCUUAGGAAUAGAUGUAGGUACAACGUCUGUCAAAGUCGUAAUUGUUCAAAAGCAGACUCAAGCCAUUUUAGCCAAUCAAUCAAAGGACACGCAGGCUAACGUUCCAAGUGAUUUGGGAAUUGAAGGGAAUAAACAGGAUGUGCCAAAGAUACUCUCGGCUCUCCAUAAUUGCUUAUCUCGCCUCCCAAAAGACCUACUACGACAGGUUGGAAGUAUUGGCAUAUGUGGCCAAAUGCACGGUGUUACGCUAUGGAAAUUACCAAACGAAUGUUCCUAUAAAGAAAAUGGAGAAUUUAAGCUUGACAUCGAUAAAGAUAAAGUGUCGAAUUUGUAUACAUGGCAAGAUGGGCGUUGCGACACUGACUUUUUAAAGUCUUUGCCAAAAUCGAAAAGCCAUCUAGCCGUUCAUACUGGUUACGGCUGUGCCACACUAUUUUGGUUUGCCAAAAACAAGCCAGAGAAAUUAAAAAAAUAUGAUAAAUGCGGCACGAUGCAGGAUUUGGUAGUUAGCCUACUAUCCGCAAACGACGAUGUUAAAAUGAGUACUCAGAACGCGGCCAGUUGGGGAUACUUUUUAACGGAGACAAAUCAAUGGGAUAACGAUGCAUUAUCGUCCGGUGGCUUUCCUUUCCAUCUUCUGCCCGCCGAGAUCCUAAUGCCCGGGCAAACAGCCGGGACUUUGGCUCACACCUGGUUUGGAAUACCUGCCGGCACCACAAUAGGAGUUGCUCUAGGGGACUUGCAAAGUUCAGUAUUUGCGCUAUUAAAACAACCAACCGACGCCGUUCUCAACAUUUCAACCUCAGCUCAACUCGCCUUCGUGCGCCCGACAUUCAAGCCAGAAACCAAUAGCGAAUUACAGAAAAUAGAGUAUUUUCCGUACUUUGGAGACAAGUAUUUGGCUGUAGCGGCAUCUUUAAACGGGGGAAAUACAUUAGCCACAUUCGUAAAAUCUUUACAGCAAUGGACACUAGAAUUGGGUUUCUCAGUUCCUCAAUCCAAAGUCUGGAAUAAAUUAAUCGCUCUCGGUACUGAUGACUCUUCAAUCAGUGAUAUGACAAUAAUUCCAACAUUAUUAGGAGAACGUUACGAUCCAGAUCAAACAGCCAGCGUUACUGGCAUAACACUCGACACUUUAAAUCUGGGAAAUAUAUUCCGAGCUUUAUGCUCAGGAAUCAUAAAGAAUCUUCACGACAUGAUAUCGAGAGACGAACUAAAGUCUGCGGGAAUCACUCGCAUUGUUGGUAAUGGCUCGGGACUCGUUCGUAAUCCCGUGUUACAAAAGGAGGUGUCGCACUGGUACAACUUACCCUUGGAAUUUGGAAACACCGGGGAUGCGGCUCUUGGGGCAGCUCUUGCAACUAUCGAGAGCAACUUGGAUCGCUAAUUUAACGAUAAUUUAACGAUAAAAUUCAGAUAGAAUAGGGUUUUUCGUACGACAUAUUAACUUACAUUUAAAGUCUGUGUGGUAGUUUGCAGAU